GACCAGGCUCUGAAUCAGUUUUGCUAACGGAGGGAAAGCUGCCUUCGGCUCGUGAAAUUGAUUAUACCCUCUUUUCGUUUUCAGUUAUGCCUCGGCAUUUUGUGGAAUCUUACGUUAAUAUUUAUAAAACCUAACAUUUUACUUCCCCGGUUGGUUGUCAUCGUGAAGCCAGGCAGCUACAGCCUCGACAAAAUGCACGCUUGACAGACUGCUGCGCUGCUAACGGUAGCUAGCUCGAACAUUAGCUAUUUGUAACAUCUGACAGUUUUAGGAAUAGAAAACAUGACAACUCUGACAAGGCAAGACCUGAACUUCGGACAAGUGGUUGCUGACAUCUUGUGUGAGUUCCUGGAGGUCGCUAUUCAUCUCAUCCUGUAUGUCCGUGAAGUUUAUCCCUCUGGAAUAUUUCAGAAGAGGAAGAAAUACAAUGUACCAGUGCAGAUGUCAUGUCACCCAGAGCUGAAUCAAUAUAUUCAAGACACACUACAUUGUGUAAAGCCACUCAUUGAGAAGAAUGAUGCUGAGAAGGUGGUGGUGGUCAUCAUGGACAAAGAGCAUCAUCCAGUCGAGAGAUUUGUGUUUGAGAUUUCCCAGCCUACAUUGCUGUCUAUAAGCUCAGACACAUUACUGUCACAUGUGGAGCAGCUGCUGAGGGCAUUCAUCCUGAAGAUCAGUGUGUGUGAUGCUGUUUUAAAUAAUAACCCACCAGGGUGUUCAUUUUCAGUACUGGUACAUACCAGAGAUGCUGCCACACGCAACAUGGAGAAAGUUCAAGUCAUCAAGGAUUUUCCAUGGAUAGUUGCUGAUGAGCAGGAGGUCCACAUGCAGGAGCCUCGACUUAUCCCGCUGAAGACCAUGACGUCUGACAUAGUAAAAAUGCAACUCUACGUGGAGGAGAGAGCCCAGAAAACGUAGGUCCACACAAUGCUAGUGUUUAGGGUUGGAAACAGACAUUUCAUUAAGAAUCAAAUCUGGCCCUCACGACUUGCUGUCUGCCUGUGCUCUGAUCACAUGCCGUACAAAUGCGUCAGUGUGUUUGUUUGUAUUGCCAUAUAUUGUUUUUAAUUGCUCUCUAUGCAGAUCUUUAGUGUAACAUUAUGAUCCAAAUGUAGCUGUUGCACUACAACCAUGAAUUUCCAGGGAAAAAGAAAUAGAACAAUACCAGAUAUUGACUCAAAUAUCUGGCACCAGCAUCCUCAACAAACUGGUUUCAGUAUAACCCUUCCUUAGCUGUGUUGUAUCUGUACUGUUAAAAUACAAAAAAACCAUCUGUUUAUCCUUGUAUUACAUUGUUUUCCUGAUGCUUCCUAGAGGUUGUAUCUGCACCUCCACAGGCAGGUCGCAGGUUAAAUCUUGCCAUUUUUGAAGGACAGGUUUUUUCCCCACUAUAAUGUCACACUGAGUCAUAGCAGGUCUGUGCAUGGUGUCUACUGUAUUAUUGGUCAGGGAUGCAGCGUGAGAGUUUUAGAUGAGCUCCUAUGAGUGAGAGGGAUCUAUGUGUGUUUUCUCAUGCAACCAGUGGUAAUGUUCACCUCCAUUCAUAUGUGACAAAUACAAAGUGUUUUGAUGUUGUGACAAAGAAACAGUUUGUACUGUUGAUAACGUGAUUUUAAUAUGUCAAAAAAUCUAGAAUUAUAUUAAAAAUGUUUUUAAAGCUCCACCACUAGAAAUAUCUGCCUUAGUGUGUAUCAAAGCUAGUUCUUUGUAAAAUUACUCUUGGUCAUGAACCAAAUGCAGAUGGUUGAAGUCUUCUUGGCAGUUGAGUCCUUAUAAUGUAAAUCUAAUUGCAUUAUUAAAUUUGCCACCACCAGACAGAGCAGGUCUUUUAACACAAAGUGACAACAUUUUGCCCAGCCUUUCCUGACAUUAGAUUAUUUAAUUUCUACACUAGAAAAAUUUUAUUAAUCUAGAUUGUUUUGGUGUGAGUUGCCGAAUGUUGGAGAUAUUGGCCGUAGAGAUGUCUGCCUUGUCUUCAUUAUUAUCGAACUAGGUGGCACUCGGCUUGUGGCGCUCAAAACACCAAAAAAAAAAAUAUUUUAACAAACAUUACAUUACAAUACUUUAUCAUAAGUAUGUGCAUUCAGAUAUACCUCUCGUGCUUGUGCAAUUUACAGUUGACUCUCUUGCAUGGCUGCAACAUUGACGUUUUAUUAAGACAACAAAUAAUAAUUAGAAUAAAUAAUAUUUUACAAACAUUUUAUAUAACUUUAGAUUUUCUGUAUGGGAUGUUAUGACACCAGGUUAAUGAAAACAAAAAUUGCAUCAUUUUACUUGCCAUAUCUAUUGUUAGAGACUAAUAAAUUUGUGCCAUUUCUCAUAAAA